CAUUUUCUUACAGCAAUGAACUCCUCAUUUCAUCCACAUUUCUUGGAUCUUACCCUGAAUGACACAGAGGGCAACUUUUCAGGACCAAACCUCAAGAACAAGUCUUCGCCCUGUGGAGACAUGGGCAUCGCUGAGGAGGUGUUCCUGACUCUGGGCCUCAUCAGCCUCUUAGAGAACAUCUUGGUCAUUGGGGCCAUAGUGAAGAAUAAGAACUUGCACUCACCCAUGUACUUCUUUGUGUGCAGCUUAGCGGUUGCUGACAUGCUGGUGAGCACGUCCAAUGCUUGGGAGACCAUCACCAUAUACUUGAUAAGUAAUAAGCACCUGGUGAUAGCAGACACUUUUGUGCGUCACAUUGACAAUAUAUUUGACUCCAUGAUCUGCAUUUCUGUGGUGGCCUCCAUGUGUAGUUUGCUGGCCAUUGCAGUGGACAGGUACGUCACCAUCUUCUAUGCCUUGCGCUACCCCGUCAUCAUGACGACAAGGCGCUCAGGGCUGAUUAUUGCAUGCAUAUGGACGUUUUGCACAGGCUGUGGCAUUGUUUUCAUCAUUUACUACGAAUCCACUUAUGUUAUCAUUUGCCUCAUCUCCAUGUUCUUCACCAUGCUGUUCCUCAUGGUGUCUCUGUAUAUACACAUGUAUGUCAUGGCACGGACUCAUGUUAAGCGGAUAGCAGCUGCCCCCAGAUAUAGUUCUGUGAGGCAAAGGGCCAGCAUGAAGGGUGCCGUUACCCUUGCCAUGCUGCUGGGAGUUUUCAUUGUAUGUUGGUCCCCCUUCUUCCUUCAUCUCAUCUUAAUGAUUUCAUGCCCUCAGAACAUCUACUGCUCCUGCUUUAUGUCUCAUUUCAACAUGUACCUUAUACUCAUCAUGUGUAAUUCUGCGAUUGAUCCUCUGAUAUAUGCUUUCCGUAGCCGAGAGAUGCGGAAGACCUUUAAAGAGAUCAUUUGUUGUCAUGGCUUCAGACCAACCUGUAGGCUCUCUAGCAGGUGUUAA